AUGAAUUUUGACAGAGAUUUUACUUAGAAUCAAUUAAUAAAUGAUUAACCAUAAGAAAUCAUAUCUGAAUAUAAUGGUGAAGUAUGGUACAGAAUGUUGCUGAUUAAAAACAAAUUUAAAGUUAUUUAAAACUAAAAUGAAAUCAAAUACAUAACAGAUGAUGGAACCAUACUUAGAAUGUAUCUAAAAUAAUAUCAUAAAAUUUAGUGAAGAAAUCAAAGAUUAAUCGAAAUCAAUUGAGAUAAUGACAAAUUUUGAAUAAAUACAACAUUUAUCAUGGUAUGGGAGAUAUGGUAAGAAGUUUCAGAAAAUUGGAAAAUGGAAAAUUGCUUGGAAAGGAGAGAUUUUAUAAGAUGCUGGUGGAGAAUAUUGUGAUGAUGGUAAAAGGUAAGGAUAAUGGAAAGAAGUAAUUAAGAAUUAUUGGAGGUAAUAAAAAUUAUAAUUAUUAUUAAUAAGCAAAGCAUAAGUUUAUGAAGUUGGGAAAUAUGAAAAUGAUAAAAGAAAAGGAUAUUGGAAAUAUAUUUAUGGAAAUACAGAAAUGUAUAAAUACUUAUUAUUUAGUGAUGGUGGAUUUUAUAAUGAAUAAGGUUAUAAAAAUGGUAAAUGGAUAGAUUUAAAUGAUAAUUAUUGGGAGUAAUGAUUUACUAAUAUAUGAUUUAGUUGGAGUCAAGUCACAUUUCAUGGUGAUUAUUAAGAUAAUAAAAGAAUUGGGAAUUGGGAUAUAAAAUUAAGAGGAGAAUUAAUGUAAGAAAUAAGUUAAAAUAAUAUAUAGUGGCAGUGGUUUAUAUGA